AUGGUACAGAAUGGCGGUGCGCCAAAGCUACCGAAGCUCUACGGCAAGAUUGCCCCAAUAAUUAACGAUGUGCUCUACUUUGCCUCUUUCGAAAGCACACCCCCGCCAAACAUCGAUUACCGCUAUAUUUUCAUCGACGAACGCGUGCACUACGAGCCUUUCUACACGGAUUUUGGGCCGUUGAAUUUGAGUGUACUCUAUCGUUUUUGCAAGUACCUGCACGGCCUUGUUGAGGCUCGUUCUAAACGGAAAAUUCUGUGCUGGACGAAGGCUGAUGAUGAAGCCCGGGACGAGAACCGUGUAAAUGGCGCCUAUUUGAUGGCAGCGUACUUGAUAAUUUAUCACAACAUCAGCGCCGAUCAAGCCUAUCUGCGUAUUCAGAAUGCUGAAGAUGAAGAGUCCGAAUAUGUCGGCUUUCGCGACGCCGCUAUGGGAGAGCCCAGCUAUCUCCUUCACAUCCAUGACGUACUGCGUGGCGUUGAAAAGGCGAUAGAACAUGGGUGGCUGUGCUUCGACAAUUUCGACGCCGACGAGUACGAACAUUACGAGCGCGUUGAAAACGGCGAUUUCAACUGGAUCAUUCGCGGAAAGAUUCUAUCGUUUUGCGGGCCGCAUGAGCAAACUGUGAUUGAUGGAGGGUACCCUUACCACGCUCCUGAGGUGUACUUCGACUAUUUUCGCGAACACAAUGUGACAACGAUUGUCAGGUUGAACAUGAAGAUGUACGAAGCAUCUCGGUUCACGGACGCCGGAUUUGACCACGUUGAUCUAUUUUUCAUCGAUGGAAGUACGCCUUCUGACGCUAUAGUGGAGCGUUUCAUCAAGGUUGUCGAUGAGGCGCCUGGCGGAGUGGCCAUUCACUGCAAAGCUGGUCUUGGGCGGACCGGUACGCUGAUUGCUUGCUGGAUGAUGAAGGAGUACGGGCUGACGGCGGCCGAGUGCAUGGCUUGGCUCCGGAUCUGCCGGCCAGGCAGCGUCAUUGGCCCACAGCAACAAUUUCUGGUUCGUAAGCAAAAGUUUUGCUGGCGCAUGUCCAACAACAAUCUCAUCGUGCAAAUGGCUCCAAAGAAGAAGACGUCGCUCACCGAGAAGCCUGAUGGCCGCCUGAAGCAGUUGGCCUCGAAGGUGGACGAGAUUCGUCUGAACCAGAAUAAGCCACUAGUCGAAUCCCCCGUUCACCGCAGCUCGAGAUCCUGUAAAAUUUCUGGACAGGUCGUCGAUGAGACGGCUGUCGAUGAGGAAGGAAACACGCAGGGAGAUCGACUUUUGGCUAUGAAAGUGCGAAGCCAGCACGCUGCUCACCAGCCAGAUAUGGAGAGCAAGGCGACCAGCUCGCGUGUCACCUUCAACAACGACGUGAAGAAUUAUACACUUCCUGCUGAUCACUCGCCACCGCGCAGCCCUGUCCAGAACGGCAACCACACCUCGCUACGACGUGCCGCCCGGAGUGCUUCCGGAAUCUAUGGAAUUUGCUCGCCGCAAAACAUCCCCCAUACAACACAACAUAUAUCUUCAUCGCCUAGAUACUCAUCUCCAACCACUCCCAUCAAACCAAUUUCAUCGGUCUCUUCGACAGCUGGCCGCCACGCCCCGAGAAAUCUGUAUGCCUCAUCGCCGGUUCAUGCAGUACCAGUUCCGAUCACGAAGGUUACGGUGUUGUCCGCAUCAAAUAUCUUUGUCGGAAGUUCCCGGCCUUCGGCGGCACUGAGACGCGCUACAUCCUCGGGUAAUACUCGGCUGCGACCCUACCCGACUACAUCUACCGGGUUGAGACUAGACCUAUCGCCAUCGAGCCCUGGGAACAGUUACGAUUUGCGCUCGAGACAAGUUAGAGGCUACGUCUCCCCGAGUGCUGCUCUCCCUACCAAUGCUGAAGCAUUGCUGAGGGCGCGAGGGCUGAAGAAGAAAUACACUACCCACGGGAUCGCCGCUCUCGCGAAAUCUCUGCAAAACCGC